GCUAUCGAUACUAGUUUGCCAUCGCUAUUGCCUUGCCAUCCCUAAAAGCAAAAUCGAGUCCUAAGUUUUUUGUAAACAAAAAGGCAAAUUAUUAAAUCUAGUGACAUUUCCCAGCUGCCCAGCUCAAUCAGUUACUGGAAUCUGUCAGCCUAUACAGCUGCGAAAUGGAAAAUCCCAGUUCUGGGACACUGGCAAACAAGAACCCAAACAACGGAAAUGGAAAUGGAAACGGCACAAUGAUGCAGCAGGGAAACCAGGAAUCCUCCAUCUACCACGAGAGACAGACUCGGCAUUUGUGCGGCCUGCACGCCUUGAACAACCUGUUCCAGAGCCCCGACAUGUUCUCCAAGUCGGAACUGGACCACUACUGCACCACACUGACCCCGCGCAACUGGCUGAAUCCGCAUCGCUCGUGGAUCGGCUGGGGCAACUACGAUGUGAAUGUGAUUAUGUACGCCUUGCAGCAGCGGAAUUGCGAGGCUGUGUGGUUCGAUCGCCGACGGGAUCCCCAUUGCCUCAAUCUCAAGGCCAUCUUUGGGUUCAUCCUGAACGUGCCGGCACAAAUGAACCUCGGCUACUACAUCCAAUUGCCCUUCCAGAUGCGCCACUGGCUGGCCCUGCGUCGCAUCGAUGGCAGCUACUACAAUCUGGACUCCAAGCUGCGGGAGCCCCGUUGCCUCGGCGACGAGGAGAGCUUCCUCGCGUUCCUCUCCAGCCAUCUGCAGACGGACCACGAGCUGUUCCUGGUCCUCAACGAGGAGGAGCAGAUGCAGCAGAAGCAGCAGCAGGAGAAGGACUCCAAGCAGCGUUGGCUGCUGCCGCAGUUCAGGGAUUAAGAUUAUAGGUUAUAUGGUUAUGGUUAUGGCAAUAAAAUGUACACUGUGCAACUAACAA